UGGCGUCAACGCAGACAGCAGAGCACCGGGGAGGACACCGAGAGACCGACCGCAUAGACAGGUUCACCGGGCAGCCAUGGCGGCGCCGUUAGCCCACUUCGAUGAGGACUGGCAGGACUUCAACGAAUUCAAGCCGUCCUCGGAGUCGGCCGAGCAGCUGGACCAGCUGAACUCAAACGUAGGCGACCCAUCGGGCCUAGACGACUUCUCCGAUCUGGACAACAGUUUCUCCGGGGAGAUCUGCAGCUUCAAGUCGAUGGAGGACCUGGUCCACGACUUCGACGAAAAGCUAACCGUGUGUUUCCGAAACUACAACACUGCGACGGAAAACAUCGCUCCCGUUAAACCAAUCACAGAGGAGAAUUACCUGAAAGACGACGAGGUGUGGAACUCUUUGACCAAUAACUACGGAAACGUGAUGCCUGUGGACUGGAAGACGUCCUACACUCGGUCCUUGCACCUGCCUGCCCUCAAGCUCAAAGAUCAAGAGGGACAGAAGACGGAUAACCAGUCUUUGGAUCUGUCCGACGAUGAGGAUGAGGAGCUGCGGGAACAGCUGGAUAUGCACUCAAUCAUUGUCUCCUGCAUUAAUGAGGAGCCUCUCUUCACCGCUGAACAGGUGAUAGAGGAGAUCGAGGAGAUGAUGCAGGAAUCUCCCGACCCGGACGAUGACGAGAGUCCUUCCCAGUCCGACCUGUCGAUGCUCUCUCAGGACCUCGGCGCUUUGAAACGAUCCGGCUCCAACACCAGCUUUGAGGAACGGCUUCGUCAGCUGUCUGUGUCGGAGCUCAGCCGGACCCUGGAGGAAGUGGAGGCGGCCAUCCGCCGCUACAGCGAGGAGCUGAUCCAAGCUCUGGCGCUGCGAGACGAGCUGGACUUUGAGAAGGAGGUCAAGAACAGCUUUAUUUCGCUGCUGAUCGACGUGCAGAACAAACAGAAGGAGCACCGCGAACUGCUGCGCAAGAAGAAGAAAAUCCGUAGUACAACCACGACGGGGCCCAACGGUCAGAGGACAAACAGCACACACAUACCAGGCACGCUCCUCACUCUGGAGGGACUCUCCAAUGUCAUUCAAAAUGGUCUCCGUCAAACUUUUGGCCACUCAGGAGGGGAUAAACAGUAUCUGACCACGGUGAUCCCCUAUGAAAAGAAAGCAGGCUCUCCUUCUGUAGAAGACCUCCAGAUCCUGACAAAGAUCCUUCAUGCCAUGAGGGAUGACAGCGAGAAGGUACCAGCCCUCCUAACAGAUUACAUACUGAAAGCUCUCGUAUGAAAGCGGAGGAACCUGAGUUCUUUGUCCCACGUAAAUUCAGACGGGAAGCUUUUGCCUCUUCAGCGUCGAGCGGCAGAGGAGGGUUUCAGUUUUGGAAAAACACAGGAACUGAUUUAAAUCCAAACCUUCUUUCCUUUUUUUUCUUCUCAGUUUUCCUCGUGGAACUUUCUGCUCUGCCUCUCUCCUCGUAUUCUUUACUUUUGAUACGACUCUUAAGUCUUUUGUAGUUCUUUUUAAGUUCUAAUAUUUAGUUAGUUUUUUUAUUCAUUCAGUGCUCCAUGUUUUCAUAUUGUGACUUUACACAGGUGCAUCUCAAUAAUUGAUACUAAAGUAAACUUUUUGAUGAUGUAAGUCGUUGCUAAGGAGAAACUCAUUUUAUAUGAAUUCUCUACACACAGAAUGAUAAAUUUCAAUUGUUUGUUUCUGUUCGUUUUCGAUGAUUAUGGCUUACAACUUAUGCAAAAACCAAAUUUACCAUCCAUCUAAUGAGUAAGCCACAAAAUGGCAUUGCUGAAGACGUUUGCUGUUCAGAAUUUUGUAUCCCAGCAUAUUAAGAGAAGGUUGAGUGGAAGGAAAAAGUGCAGUAGUAAAAAGGUCCACAAGCAAAAAGUAAAAGUGGUACUAUUACUAAUAUUCCACCUUAGUGAUAAUCCUCUUAUUUCAGUCUUAAAUAAUAUUUUAAUAUCUUGUGAAAAUAAUUUGGGGGUUUUCAGCAACUACAGGCAACAAUCAUCCAAACUGGCAUAAAUAAACAUUUGAAACAUAUCAACUCGAUGUUAAAAACUCAUAUCCGGCAUUUCUUUCUCAAGCUGAACUGCUGAAAUCAGCUUUUCAAUGAUACUCGAAUAUAUUGAGAUGCACUUGUAACGACUCGUGUGUGGAUGCCAGUAAUCAGUGUUAGCCUGAACACCUCACUUCCUGAUUAGCCAGGUGCUAUUGGAGAAAAACAAACGAUCCUUGAAGGUGUUUUGGGUUUUUUUAUCCGCUGAAAUCCAUCGGCAGGCCUCUGCAAGGGAAAUGCAGUCCUGCUUUGAUUAUCAAAUCCACUUUCCCUCAGCUGCCUGACAGGGAAAACAAGUCCUGGUGUGAUCGGUGAAAAAGUGCCAGGCAAGUCGAAGGCAUCAAGCAUUGAUUAUCCCCAUGAUUUAUUGCACGAUUUUUAAGCUCAGCUCUCUCAAAAUCAAAGAGGAAGCCCUUUAAUUUAAAACUUUAAAACUGUUUGUUGCAUGUUAGUUUCAGGUACAAGCGGUGUGAAGCUGAAUGUUUAAAAUGAGACGUUCUCUACAUGACUGAGAGGGAUUGCACAGUUUGAAAAAGGGACAAAAAUGAUCAAAGUCGUGAAAAAAAUAUUUUUGGAUAAGAAAUUUUUUUUUUUUAAGUUAACAAGAUGAGGGAUUGGAAUGAUUUUUAUAGAUGUUGUGAUGUCAACCCCAACAAAUUCACCACUUCCACGUAGGAUUAGUUUGCAGAUUCCUCUUGUUUCAUAUGUGCAUUGGUGGGAAAUAAUGUAUUAACUAAGUUUACGUCGGCAUUAAUUGUUGUUCUGUCACAUAAGUUAUCUGUGUUUUAGGACAUUGGCUUUAGGGACAGCGGGGUUGCACUUUAUCAGUGACCUGAUGGUACAAAGGUGGAGUUCUGCAGAAUAUAGCACAGAGUGGAUCUCAUCAGCGAACGAUGAAAAAUCUUUGUCAAAAUGGAAUCAUUUUAAAUGAGCAUUCCUCUGGUUUUUCAAGAGAAACGUUAGUGAACAACAUUUCCGCUCAGUUUUCUCUUUAGUAAAGUCAGUGACAGAAAUGAUUUGAGGAGGUUCUGUGAUUAUAAUUAAUGUUAUCGGACUAAACAUUUAAAAGAUUCAAUGAGGAAAUUGGAAAUCCUUCAUUGAAAGGCUGUAGACUAUAGUAGUCUAAAUGUAUGUAACUUGGUUAAAGAUUGUGAAGGUUGGGUAGUUGUGGCUGAUAGUUUUUUUAUGUUUAGUUGAAUGUAAACGUAUCCUAUGAUAGUUUAAGUCUAAAUUUUAGCCAGUCAAGUCAGUUGCAUUUUAACAUCUAUAUAUGAAAUCCCAGUUUUAUUGUCUUUUAGAAUUCUAGUUUUACACUUUUAAGAUCCAGUCAGAAUUUGCGUGCUGCCUGAAAUGUUGACAGUGAAGUGAAUUGGGGUGAAACAUUAGAAACGGCUAAAACAUGAAAAAAAUAUUUUACUAGCAGCUGCCUAGUUUCCUUAUGGCUUGUGCCGACUUAAAGCUAUGAGUCCUGCAGGGAAUCACCGGUGUGUGAUCACAGAUGAAGUUGGUACGCAAACAUUCAGGUCAGGUGUCGCUUAGGUCUCAGGUACAGUCGUCAGUGUCGGUACUUUAACGUUCUUGUUCUGGUAGAUAAAACAUUCCCAACUCAGUUUACAUGUCUAGUCUUGUCAGAGUUUCUAUAAGGACUUGAUUCGUGUCACCUGCAUGAUGAUAAUAAAACAUGAUCAAAGACGCGUUUUGCAGAAAACGUCCCAGGAGAAGCUUCCUGUGUAAUGGCUCAGGUGGUGUUUUCACUGCGUCUGCUUCAGUGUAGCAAUGUUAGAUAUGUCACCAAAGUCGAUCACAUUACAUAUUACUGCCCAAACUUUCUGAAACUCUCUCAGACAAUGCUAGGUACUUUCCGAAGCUUUUCUGAAACUUGAUGGGUACAUUCAGGAACUUUGCAGUUACUUUCCCAAAACUUUAAUGGAACUCGCUGGUUACCUUCCCGGAUCUUACUGAGUAUUUUCCUUGAACUUAUUAAAUGCUUUCUGGAUCUUAAAAGAUAUUUUUCUUACGCUUUAAGGGAACUUUCUGGUUACUUCCCAGAAACAUUCUGGUUACUUUCUAGGACCUUGCAUGGAAAUAACUACUAAGCUUUCUGAAGGUUUCAGAAAAGUAAAUUUUUAAGUCCCAGGAUGGCACUAGUAAAUUAUUAGCCACCUCAUAACACAGCCCAAUUGUUGAAAGUAUCCUCUCAGUUCUGGGAAAGUAACCAACGAAUUCCAUUCUGGAGAUGAACCACUAAGUUCUGUGGAAAAUAUGGGCUGUAUUGUGAAGCGCUACCGGAUUGGGAGACUCCAAGAAGGAAAAUGUUUCGGUGGGUGAAGUGGGCGUUGGGGAAGAUUGCACAUCGAUUUGCAAAAAAGUAAGAGGUAAUGAUUUUGUUUUUCUUCUAUUGUUUCAAAACAAUAUAUAUAUAUUUAAAUAUUUGUAUGUGACAUGUUUCUACAGAUGCCAGCUAUUUUCAACCCAGCAUGUGCUGCAUGCACUUUACUGCUGCUGCUGCAGAAAACACAUUUCCAAUGAUUAGUGAUUUGUUUACAGACAUAUUUAAAUAUCACACUAAAGGGAAAAGUGCACGUUGCAGCAAUAUCAAGAAAACUGGAAAGGAAACAAGCAUUGAAUAUUUUUAAAGCUUAAAGGGGUUUUGUAAUGUCUGUUGAAUCAAAUGCGUUAAUGAAAAAUGUAAAUUUUAUCAGCAAUGGUUUAGAAGUGAAAUGGCUUUCAGCCCUCAUGUCACUGAAGGAUCUCUGGCCAUUUUGACAAACAUAUCAGUCUAACUCCAGGUUAGAGAUUUAUAUUUAUAAAUGACGAACAAGUAAAAAAAAAACUAACAAAAACAAGAGGCUGCCUUUGUUAAAUGCCUGUAAAAAUAUUUUGUACAUUUAUUAAACUCAUGUACCUAAUGCAAUUUAUUUCCCUAGCUAGGGGGGGGGGAUUAUGUUUACUGUCUCAUGUGGUACUGCAGUAUAGUAAUUUAUUAUGUGAAUGUUUUGUAACCAUGAUCUCGACUGUAAUGGUGCAAGUGUUUUGUGCCCACAUUAUUGCAUUGCAACACAUUUCAAAUAAAAAGAAAUUAUAUAUUUAAACAC